UUAGUAACAACAAAUUCUUGGGAAAUUAUAAAUUCUCUAACUGCAACUGUGCUUGCACAAUAUUUUGAGCAAAUAUUCUGGUAUAAGCAAAAAAGAUAUCAAGUACUACAUUUUGGAAAAAGAAAAGUUUCUAAACUUGAUAUGAUUGAUUGAUUGUAUAUUAUUUAACGUCCCUCUUGAGAAUUUUUCACUCAUAUGGAGACGCCACCAUUGCCGGUGAACGGCGGCAAAAUGUAGGCCUCUGCUCGGCGCUUAUGACCUUUGAGCAGGGAGGGAUCUUUAUCGUGCCACACCAACUGUCACAUGAUGCCUCGGUUUUUACAGUCUCAUCCGAAGGACCGUCCCAUUUCGUCGCCUCUUACGACAAGCAAAGGGUUCUGAGGACCUAUUCGAACUCGGAUCCUCACAGGAACUAAACUUUAUUUGUACAUGUACUAUAGGUCUUCCGUAAAGAGCUAAUGGAUCCUGAAGAAAUAGAUGGCAUUGAUGGAAUAUCGCAUCUUAGUUUGGAAACUGAUGGCUGUAUUAUCGAGAGUAAAAUAGAUCAAAAACGAGGUGAGGAUUCAGCGUAUUUUUCUCAAGAUCCUUUGCUAUCUUCUGCUGUGUCCCUCACUGAAGUUCACCCAAGUGUCCAAACAGAUGUCUUACCAGAAGAUGAAUACCCCACACCCUCCAUCGUUUACCCUCAACAUAUAAGUGCUCAAGCCAUAGAAAUUACACAGGAAUACGAUUACCAUGGUUUUCCGUCUUCUCCUCAGCCACAGACUCCACCAUAUAACUCUAUACCUGCUGUUAACUCAGAAGAACGAAAACCCCAGAAUACAUUCACUAUUGCGGAUCCAAAUAUUCAAAAAAUGAUACAUGCUGACAAAGAUGGAGACACGCAGCUUCAUCUGGCGAUCACAAAAAACCAUGUUCCUGUUGCAAUAUACAUAAUACAGUGUCUGGCUACUAUAAAUGUCAACCUUUUGAACCUUCAAAAUAACCUGCUUCAAACACCUCUCUGGUUGGCCAUUUACGAACAACAAUUAGAUGUUGUUGAGAUGUUGAUUAGAAGUGGUGCAGACAUUACUGCUGCAGAUAGAAAUGGUAAUACUCCAUUACAUGUUGCCUCUGAAUAUGGUCUUGAUGAAUUCCUUGAUUUUCUGCUAAGAAACGCAGGAAGGGCAAUGAUCUGUCGUUGCCUAUCAGUCCCUAAUUAUGGCGGACAAACAUGUCUCCAUUUAGCUGCAGACGGAAUGCAUUUGUCUGCCAUAAGACUUCUGCUUAGGCAUGGGGUCGAUUUGAAUGAGGAAGAAAAAGUUCACGGAAUGACAAUUUUACACAAAGCUGCAAAAUCUGGGAACAAGAUAUUAUUAGAAUACAUUUUGAACUUACAGGGACUAGAUUUGAGCCCCGUAACUUAUGCUGGGGAUACCCCUAUUUUAUUAGCUUACUUGGAAGGCCAUGCUGAUAUUGUUUCUUUACUCAAGCAAGAGGGUUGCAAUUUACAAGAUCUACCUUAGAAACGUGCAAUGUAUUGCAUUUUACUUGAAAUAUAAUUUCUAUUCAAAAGACUUGGUAGGAUGGAAAGCUUUCGGGAAACAACGAAUUAGAAAUUGAAAAGUAAUGUGUUUAUAUAUUAUGCAUGUUGAGCGUAGCCGUAACGUGUCUUUAUAAUGCAGACACUGAAAUAUUAUAUGUCAAAUAAUAUUUUAUGUGAUCAUUUAAAUCUCUUGGUUAAUUUGUCUAGCCAUGACUGUGUGUUGUACAUGUUAUGUAGUCUGUGUUGAUUAACCAUCUAUGUUUAGUUUUCUUUUAUCACAAGCGAAGUACAUGUAUCUUUUUUACAUGUUAUGUCAUCAGUAAUCAUACCUUAUCAUUUUAUUUCAUCAGGAGAUUGAUAUUUAAACUUCAGCAGCAGCAACCAAUGAAAUAGUGAUUAAGUGUCACGUGACAAUGUCUUUGUUUGUAGCUGUCCAAGUGUAAGGAAUCAUUGUUUUUAAAGUGAUUAGAAAGGAAAAAAUUUCCCCCACUACCCCAAUCUUACCACCUUAAUUUGGAUUCAAUGUGUGCUACUAACGAAGUUGCGGGUCUGAGAAAACUGGUUUCUUCGAAUAGUAUUCUAUAUCAUUAUAAAAAUGGAAAGAAUAAAUGUACAUAUAUUUCUGUUCAAAUAAUAAAUGUUGUUGUAUUGACAGAAA